UUAUGAAAUAAACGAAGAGCGAAUUUAAUCUGAAUCUCAAUGCAUGUUUGAACUCGAUACGUUUCGACACGAGGCUUUGAACGUUUCUGUCACCAACACGUUGGUCGCUAACGGUUUAAUGGCUUGCGAGAGCUGACGUUAGCCAUGAGCUAAUGUUUAGCACCGACUUUUCAUAUUUUCAUUAUUAUAUUUAAAAACAUGUAUAAUUCAACAAAAUACCUAACGUUUGACGCUCGUCGGUUUAUGUAACAUUCAAGAAUGUCGUGUUCGUGUUGAGUAGACGUUGAUGAUGACGAUGAUCUCUCAGCUCUUCAUCCUGUCCUCCAAAGGCGACCACCUCAUCUACAAAGACUUCCGUGGAGAGGCAGGAAAUGAUGUCAUCAAUGUAUUCUACGAGAAGGUCACAGCUCUGCCUGGAGACCAGCCUCCUGUCGUCAUGAGUCACAGAGAUCUUCACUUCGUCCACGUCCGUCAGGGAGGACUCUACUGGGUCGCCACGACAACAUCCGCAGGCUCCUCCCCCUUCACCAUCAUCGACUUCCUUAACAGACUGGCUGCUCUGGUCACAGACUACUGUGGUUCUCUGUCUGAGAAGUCGGUCCAGAUGAACUUCGCUCUGAUCUACGAGCUGCUGGAUGAAGUGGUGGACUACGGUUACAUCCAGACCACGUCCUCUGACGUCCUGAAGAACUUCAUCCAGACUGAAGCCGUUUCCUCCAGACCCUUCAGUCUGUUUGACCUCAGCAACGUUGGCCUGUUCGGAGCAGAGACCCAGCAGAGUAAGGUGGCCCCCAGUUCUGCAGCCACCAGACCCAUUCAGUCCAGCAGAGACCAGGGGGUCUUUGUGGACGUGAUCGAGAGGCUCUCCGUCAUCAUUGGCUCUAACGGUGCAGUGAUGAAGGCAGAUGUUGAAGGAGAGAUUAAAGUCAAGUGCUACAUGCUGAACUGCUCAGAGAUGAGGAUCGGUCUGAAUGAGGAGUUCAGCAUCGGCAGGUCCACGCUGAGAGGUUACGGAGCAGCUGUUCAUGUGGACGAGUGCAGAUUCCAUCAGGCUGUGAAACUGGACGAGUUUGAUGACCAUCGUAUCCUGAAGCUGUGUCCCAGUCAAGGAGAGCAAACAGUGAUGCAGUAUCAGCUGAGUGACAACCUGCCGUCGCCGCCUCCAUUCCGACUCUUUCCAACCAUUGAACGAGACAACAGAGGCAGGCUGCUGAUCUACAUGAAGCUCCGCUGUGACCUCCCUCCAAAAAGCGCAGCCAUCAAUGUCUCUGUGUCCGUCCCUGUCCCUAAAGGCUGCGUCAGUCUGUCUCAGGAGCUCAGCAGUCCAGAGCAGAGGUGUGAGCUGAAGCCUCAGAGCAGGAGUUUGGUCUGGACCGUCCCCCGCUGCAGUGGAGGGACUCAGCUGUCAGCAGUGUUCAAGUUGGACGUCCCUGGUCUCAGCUCGGCCUCCAUGUUGGAGGUGGGUCCUGUGGGUCUGACCUUUGAGCUGCCAAAGUUGACCUCCACUGGGCUGCAGAUCCGCUUCCUGCGUCUGACCCCGGUCCAGCCGGGACCUUCUCAGCGCUGGGUCAGAUAUGUGACCCACUCGGACUCCUACAUCAUCAGGGUCUGAAGUUCACGGAACUGGACCAGAACCAGUGUGGACUUCAAUUUAGUCCUGGACUUUUUUUACCUAGUCUUCCAGUCGCCCCCUGGUGGCUCAUCAAAACAACUGGACUGGUUGUUGUUGAAGUUUGUUUUCAUUAAAGUUUCACUUG